AUGGCUAUUUAUCGCAUCGCAUCGCAUCGUUUCACCGUUGUCAAGAGCAUUGAAAAAAAUUGCCGGAAGCAUUUCAGCAGCCAAGAAAAAUGGGAAGCAUUUGAAUCAGCAUGGAAGCAAUUGAGGCUGUUGCCUACUUUGAAGGAGUGCGAGGAGAAUUACGCCAAGCUCUCCAAAUUGUGGACUCCAGACACGGCCGCCUACUUGAUCACGGUAGUCCUUCCUCUGAAGGAGCACUUUGUCGCGUACUUAAUUGAUCGCCUCCCGCACUUUGAAAAUCACAUCACCUCCAGAGUUGAAAGUCUGCACACGUACAUCAAGAAAUUCAUCAACACAUCAACAGGCUCCUUUGCGGCUGUUGUCAAGCAAAUUCACUGGGCCAUUGAGAGCCAGCUCCAUGAAAGAUACAUUGAAUCUGUGCAACACCAUUACAAAAGACUGACCGGCCUGCCUCCUUCGAUUGCCAAUCUUAACGGUAUCAUCUCGCACUUUGCCUUGAAGAUUUUCCAUGUGUCUCACAUGGCCAAGGCACCGAAAACCACAUGCACUGGUAACUACUCGGCUCACAUGGGUAUUCCAUGCAUCCAUCAAGUCCACAACGCCAAAAUCGAGGGGACCAAGUUCACUUCUGAUGAUUUCCAUGCUCAGUGGCACGUCAAAACGGAUCUAGAUGUGGAACUCAGUGAAAACCAAGACGCCACAGAGACACAGCAGAAGAGCCAUGAAGACGCGUUCCUCAGCGAGGCCUUUGAAAAAUUCCAAUCCCUUCAACCUGGCAAACAACACUUCAUGCUAGGCAAAAUUCACAAACUGCUUGACGGAACACAUGCAACCAUUCCACUUGAGGAACCCAAGUUUGACAAGAAUCAUCGAUUCAAGGGCCGACCCAAAGGCUCCAAACGGAAACACAAAUUGAUGUCUUCAACCAAAAGGGACCCAUCUGGAUUUGAGUACGUCGAGGGGCAGAAGAAGAAACGAGGCAGCCCAAAGAAGGUGGCCAAAUUGGACGAGGGGCCCAAGCGCAAACCUGGGCAACCAAGGAAGAAAGCGGCCAAAAAGGAUGACACGGAUGAGUCAGAGGCCAUGGAAACAGACGAAGAGAGUGAGGAUGAUGCUUCAGAUGGAAUUGCAGCCCUUUGUGAAAACACAUUCACCGACGAGGAGCACUUGGAAGAAGAACCCAAGCUACCAACUGUUACCAAACCCUUACGAAUUAGGCCAAUCAAAUUAGUCAAGCCAAAACCCAAACCCAUCACUGAAGCAGACAAACCUGACGAAACUCCUUUGGGCGAGGCACUUACUUUGAGUACACACGAGAAUGUGGAUAUUGAUCUUUAUGAUUACAAAGACAGCAUCAAGCCAGCAGGAGUAAUACCACACAUCUUACACGUUAAAAACGUCAAAGGCGAUGGGAACUGUGGCGUUUGA